UCUUGGUAGAGUUGAGGUCUUGUCACCUUUUUAUUGCAUCUCUUAAUUUUUAAAUAUUUAAAAUGUAUGUGAUAUUGAUAUUUGUUUUAUUUAUCACGGCAAUGAAAGGCGAGGCGGUAACUGAAAAAGAUUUUCAGGAUCUUCAAAAUCAGAUGAUGACUCUGAAAAACAUUUUCCAGCAUAUGGUAAGCGAGUUCGGAGGUCUUCGCCAGCAACACUCGCGGUUGGAAUAUCGAUACCAAACUCUUUCGGAGGAAAUAAGAAACAUCAGACGGAUUCCAGGUGAUUUAAGCCAACCCGACGAAUUAAGGGAUUGUCAGACCCCCAAAAGUUUGACAGAAACGGAAAGAAGCACGUCCAGAAACACACUUACUCAGGGUCACAAAGGAGAGAAAGGUGACACUGGUCUAAGGGGACCAAAGGGAGACAACGGAAUCUCAGGAUUUAAUGGAGACGACGGGACUGACGGUCCUCCAGGCCAGAAAGGAGAGAAAGGUGUCAUUGGUCUAAGGGGACCAAAGGGAGACAACGGUAUCCCGGGAUUUAAUGGAGACGAUGGAAUUGACGGUACUCCAGGACAGAAAGGAGAGAGAGGUGACGUUGGUCUGAGUGGACCAAAGGGAGACAACGGUAUCCCGGGAUUAAACGGACAGAAAGGGGAGCCAGGAAAAUCAUGUGACGCAGGUCCUCCUGGCCACCAUGGUUCUCAGGGCGUCGAUGGUCCUUCUGGUCCACGUGGUCCUCAUGACCCGCUUGGUUCUCAUGGCGACGCUGGUCCCCCCGGCCCACGUGGUUUUGAAGGUGACAGUGGUUCACAUGGUCCUGUUGGGAUGCAAGGUACGAAUGUAGGGUUUUCGGCCCGAAUGUCUCACCAGAAUCAACUUACAAAAGGAAGGGCACACGUAUUGACGUUUCAACAUGUUCAAGUCCGUCUUGGAAGUGACUACAACCCAGCGUCUGGUGUGUUUACUUGUGGUGUUCCCGGAACCUAUGUCGUCACGUGGGCUUUGGAGGCUGGAUCAACAACAUAUAUACAGUCUAGCUUGAUGAAAAAUGGAUCUGAAAUAGGACAAUUAACCGUAACAGGGGCAAUAGGUGCUCCGAACACAGGUUCUCAAAUGGUCCUGGUCAACCUGGGCAUGGGUGACGACUUGUAUAUCAGCGCUACUCCAGUUAAUCUAUACAAUAGUGCUAUUAUAAAGGAUGGCUCCACAUUUACAGCUUUUCUGCUUCACAGAUGAUACCUGGAUAUUAGUUUUUUACUUUAUAUUUCGUCUAAUAAAACGAGAU